AUGAACCCACGUACUAGUGUUCAGGACGUGAUGCGAUGUGAUCUGUGCGAGAUUGCAAUUGUGCAGAUGCACUGUGAUACAUGUCUUGUUAACCUGUGUAAAGCGUGCGUGGGAGAACAUUUCGCAGCUGAUCUAUCCAAACCUCAUAAAAUUGUUGAUUUCAAGGACAGAAAAUCCACUCCUCUCUAUCCUGUCUGUACGACUCAUGAUAAACAGCAAUGUCAAAUGUAUUGCCGUCAAUGUAACAUUUCUGUUUGCACCAAGUGUGUUGCAUCUCAUCAACAUUUAGGUCAUAAAUUAUCAGAAAUAUUGGAAGUUCUAGAAGAAAGAAAAGACAAGAUAAUCAAAGUUCAAAUUGAAUUAAAUGAGGCAAUUUAUCCAACCUACCAGGGCAUUGCCUCUGAUGUAAAGAAUAGAAUGAGUCAGUUAGAAAAUGAAUAUGGAGUUCUCUCAACUGCCAUAACAAAACAUGGAAAGAACUGGCACAGAGAAAUUGACAAACUUGUUAAAAACCUUAAAGCUGAAGUUGAUGAGAUGAAAAACACACAAAUACAAACUCUUCAGAAACAUCUGGAUGAAAUAAACAAAAAACUUUUCAAUCUCAGAGAGGAAAUACAUUUAAUUGAUAUUAUCGUUGAAUCUCAAGACAUUUCCAAGCUAUUAAGUGCUACUUGUACUGUAGACGAGUAUAAACAUCUACCACACAAAUUUGUGCUUUCUUCACCUACAUUCAUUCCAGGGAAAAUUCAUGGAGAGCAAUUUUCAAAGCUGUUUGGAACCUUAACUUCAACUUCUCCUUCCCCAGACGAAAAUGGCUACAGCAUGAAGACAACACACAUAUCACCAGAAGCUGGAUCCUCUCCUCAAGUCAAACAGCUGCUUGAUGAACCAGAAACUGUCACUACCAUAGACACCUCUUGUUUUAAAUAUUACCUUGAAACUGUUGCCUGUCUGAGUGAUGAAGCCAUCUGGGCAAUUGGAGAUGACAGCACUAUGAAGCUCUUCAGCAUGAAACAAGGCUCACUAUUUGAGUCAAUCAGAACCAUGAAUUUCUUCAGCAUCAGUCAGGGAUCACUACUCAAGUCAAUCACCACCAGGUCAUGGAACAGACCAUGGGAUAUAGCAGUGAUAAAAAGUGGAGAUCUAGUUUACACUGAUUAUGAUGAUAAAACUGUUAACAUUGUAAAGAAUGAAAAGAUAGAGGAGAUUAUCAGACUUCAGAACUGGAAACCCAGUUGUAUCUGCAAUAGCUCCUCUGGUGACCUACUUGUAACCAUGGAGAAAGAUGACAGAAAACAAUCAAAAGUUGUCCGUUACUCUGGAUCCACCCAGAAACAAACAAUUCAGUUUGAUGAUGAAGGUAAACCCCUCUAUUCCUCUGGUGGUUAUGAGAUAAAACACAUCAGUGAGAACAAGAAUCUAGAUAUUUGUGUAUCUGACCUUUCGGCUAAAGCAAUAGUGGUGGUCAAUCAGUCAGGAAAGCUGAGAUUUAGGUACACUGGACAUACUCCUUUUGCAAUGAAGGAUCUGUUCAAACCACGAGGAAUCACCACAGACAGUCAGAGUCACAUCCUUACAGCUGAUUAUGGCAAAGGCUGUGUCCACAUUAUUGAUCAGGAUGGACACUUCAUACGUUAUAUACACUGUGAACUGAGUGAUCCCUGGGCACUAUGUACAGAUACAAGUGAUAAUUUAUUUGUAGCUCAAUAUUGGAAAAGACAAGUAAAGAAAAUCAAAUAUCAGCAGUAA